AUGAGUUUCGAUAAUAAAAAGUCCGAUAAGGAACUUUCUCUAGAACACAAAGCCCAAUCUUUGACUGGUUGUUCUGUCAUGUGUCAGAAGGAUUGUGCCUUCUUUGGAUUUCAUCCUAUUUUGAUGAUGUGUCGUGUCCACCAGAAGAUCACUUCCGAUUCCGAAAUGUCUGACGAGCCCGGAUGGAAAUACUAUUUUAACUCUAUUCCUUUAGACUGUAAAGAUCUUUUUAAAGAUGGUCAUACUGAUUCAGGGGUGUACAACAUUUAUCCUUAUGGUACUAUGACCAGCCCCGUCAGAGUUUACUGUCAUAUGGAAACAAUGGACGGAGGAUGGACGGCAAUUCAAAAACGAAUUGAUGGAUCCCUGAGCUUCGAAAGGAAUUGGAUAGACUAUAAGAAUGGUUUUGGAACACCGGAACAGGAAGUCUGGAUCGGAAAUGACAUAAUCCAUCAGCUUACUAAGGGAGGAUAUUCAACCCUCUAUGUUUCCAUUACGUUAGCGAAUGGUAGCCGAUUGUAUGAGCUGUACGAUCGAUUCUCUGUGUCUAACGAAACCGAGAAGUAUCAACUUCUUCUGGAGGGACCUGCCACAGGAACCUUAGGUGAUAGCAUGAUAAACACUGAAUACCCUAACAACGCUAUGCCUAGGAUGUACUUUAGCACAGCAGACAGAGAUUACGAUAAAACGGGAGGUAACUGUGCUCUUAGCUGGGGAGGAGGCUGGUGGUUUAAUGCCUGCAGCGACGCCUUUCUUAACGGGCCAUGGGCUCCAGAAAGGUGGCGCAAUCCCUGGUAUCCUACAGUUAGCUAUGGAGGGAUUGUGGGAAAGACGCUGAUGAUGAUUAAACGUCACUAA